AUGUGUAUCUGGAAAUGGCAGUUUGGUGUACCUCUCGGGGGGACCCCCUCUUCAUUAUCGUUCAAUUUCGUCUCCUCCUUCUCCUUCUCCAACUCUACUACUUUGCUCCCUUUUUCAUCGCAAACCGCCCUAAAUCCCUUUUGUUUUUUUUCCAUUUCUCUCUCUUCCACCACCCCCAAUUUUUUGUCUCUUUCAUCAUCAUUUCAUUUGAAGAAAGUCUCUACAAUCAACACACGCAAAAAAACAAUGAAUUCUUUUAUUUCUUGGUGA